AACAUUGACAGGCCAAUUCCCGUGAACUGUCAAAAUUCAACAAUUUUGACAACUGGAGCUGUCAUCGAUUUCUCUGCCAUCGCCGGACCUUCUUUUUGGUUGUUCCUUUCGUAUUGAACGAUCAGCCGCGUGUUGUACUCUGAUCAAAAUAAGCAACAAUGGCCCUGCGUCCAGCUUAUAAACCCAAAAUCGUCAAGAAGCGGACGAAGAAGUUUAUCCGUCAUCAAUCGGACCGAUAUGACAAGCUUGCCCCCAACUGGCGCAAGCCGAAAGGUAUUGAUAACCGAGUGCGUCGCCGCUUCAAGGGUCAGUACCUGAUGCCAAAUAUUGGUUACGGAUCAAACAAGCGUACCCGCCACAUGCUGCCGAACGGAUUCAAGAAGUUCUUGGUGCACAACGUCCGCGAGCUGGAGGUCCUGAUGAUGCAGAACCGCGUCUACUGUGCCGAGAUUGCUCACGCCGUGUCGUCCAAGAAGCGUAAGCUGAUUGUCGAGCGCGCGAAGCAGCUGGCCAUCGCCGUGACGAACCCGAACGGCCGCCUGCGCUCGCAGGAGAACGAGUAAGCUUUGUGGUGUUGGAUAUGUUUUCCAAUGUUGAGAGUUUAUUUGUGAUUUAAAAGCCGAAAAUGGGUGCCCAACAGUAAUUAAAAUGUUGGGGUUUUGAGUAUGUAAGCGAUAAAUAAGAGAUACAAAAAUCCA